AUGAACGCCCACACAACGCCGCGCCCUUUCCCCAUGCGCUCAAUCGCCGGCGCCUCUAGCCAACAGCAUCAGCAGAGACAGCCUCCGGCGCCACAAGUCUCAUCCAAUGAAGAGUACGGCGCAAUUGCCGAGGAGGACCGGGAACACAUUGACGAAGUCUUUGACUUGAUGGACAUGAAGAAGAAAGGAUGGCUCAACAGCUACGAGUUCAAGCACUCCUUGGCAGCUCUGGGGUUCGACUUGCCCAAGCCCGAAUACUUCAGAGAGCUCGAGACGUACGGCUCCGUGCCGCCCGACUGGCGUGAUCCGCACAGCUGCCCCGUCAACCGCCUACACAUAUACCUCGACCAGUUCAGGCUGUGCGCCGCAAAGCUCAUCGCAAACCGAGAUCCCCGAGAAGAGGCCACCAAGGUCUUCAACAUGUUCGACUACGACCAAGACGGCAUCAUUUCCUUCGACGACAUGCGGCAUCUGGCCCAAGACAUCAAGGAAGAUCGCGUGCUAUCCGAGGAGGAGAUUCAGGGCAUGAUAGAGCAUCUUGACCAUGACGGCAAAGGUGGCGUCAAUCUCGACGAAUUCAUCCAGAUGAUGGAGGAGGCCGGAUAA